CCUGGGGUGCCGUGCUCAAUCCCAACUGAUAUUUUCUCGGGAUCUCACCGCUCUCCAUCAAUUCUUCUUCCUCGUCGUCUUCCUCCACACGCACACCCACACACGCUCUCUCUCUCUGUAGGCGAGCUAGGGCGUCAAUGGCGUCGACGCCAGUGCCUUCGACUACUUCAACUAGCCCCAUCGCGAAUCUGACCUCAAUCACGAGGCUUACAGGCUCCAGAUUGAAUCUCACUGCGAGCUCCAACCUGUUCUUGAACAAGAUCGGGAGAUCUCGACGAUCCUACAAGCGCAUCUCGAUCAAGAGCGUCAUCAGAGACCCUGAAGUCAAGGUUUCGGUCCCUGACGACGUUAAUGCAGGUGUCAAAAAUGCUUUGGAUUCUUCUACUCAUGAUUCCUCCACUAUUGCAUCGAGUAUCAAAUAUCAUGCUGAGUUCACUCCCUCAUUCUCUCCGGAGCGCUUUGAACUCCCCAAAGCGUACUUUGCAACUGCUAAAAGUGUUCGUGAUGCAUUGAUAAUAAACUGGAAUGCAACAUAUGAUUACUAUGAUAAAACAAAUAUGAAACAAGCUUAUUAUCUGUCAAUGGAAUUUCUGCAGGGCAGAGCCCUCUUAAAUGCAAUUGGUAACUUGGAGCUGACAGGUCAAUAUGCUGAGGCAUUAAUGGAACUUGGUCACAACCUUGAGAAUGUUGCAAGGCAGGAAUCUGAUGCUGCGCUGGGAAAUGGCGGUCUAGGACGCCUAGCUUCAUGUUUUUUGGAUUCUCUUGCAACUUUGAACUACCCCGCAUGGGGUUAUGGGCUUAGGUACAGAUAUGGUUUGUUCCAACAGAAUAUUACAAAAGAUGGUCAAGAAGAGGUUGCUGAAAGUUGGCUUGAGAUGGGUAAUCCCUGGGAGAUUGUAAGACAUGAUGUCUCGUAUCCUGUGAAGUUUUAUGGAAAGGUUGUUUUGGGUUCAGAUGGAAAGAAACAUUGGAUUGGUGGGGAGAACAUAAAGGCUGUAGCCUAUGACGUCCCUAUACCUGGAUAUAAGACUAAAACCACUAUCAAUCUCCGCCUAUGGUCUACAAAAAUACCAUCAAAAGAUUUUGAUCUGCAAGCUUUUAAUGCUGGGCAACACUCCAAAGCAUCUGAGGCUCAUGUAAACGCUGAGAAGAUUUGCUAUAUAUUAUAUCCGGGAGAUGAUUCAUUGGAGGGGAAAACUCUUCGCUUGAAACAACAGUAUACACUAUGUUCUGCUUCACUUCAAGAUAUUAUUGCCCGUUUUGAGAGGAGAUCUGGAAAUUUGGUCAGUUGGGAGGAAUUCCCUAGCAAAGUUGCUGUGCAGAUGAAUGAUACUCAUCCUACUCUAUGCAUUCCAGAGCUCAUGAGAAUAUUGAUUGAUGUUAAGGGUUUAAGCUGGAAGGAGGCCUGGAACAUUACUCAGAGAACUGUAGCAUAUACGAAUCAUACAGUUCUUCCAGAAGCUUUAGAAAAAUGGAGCUUGGAUCUUAUGCAUAAGUUGCUUCCUCGACAUGUUGAGAUUAUUGAAAUGAUAGAUGAAGAGUUAAUGGAUAACAUCAUUUCAGAAUAUGGAACAGAGGAUCUUGUAUUGUUGGACCAAAAGCUGAGAGAAAUGAAAAUCUUAGACAACAUUGAGUUCCCUGAGCGUGUUGUGCAAUUGUUUAAAGACGCAUCGACUGCUAAAUCGAAGCCAAAACUUUUGAUUAAAUCCUUAGAUCCUUCUGAAGGGGUAGUUGAUGGAGAAAUCAUAUCUGGGGAAAUAGAAUCUGAUAAAGUUGAACAAGAAGAGGAGAAACUGGACCCAGGAGAACCAACAUUCUUGCAAUCUGAUCCUAAUUUGCCAAAGGUGGUCCGUAUGGCUAAUCUUUGUGUCGUAGGUGGGCAUGCAGUGAAUGGGGUCGCUGAAAUUCACAGUGAGAUUGUGAAAGAAGAUGUGUUUAACAACUUCUACAAGCUCUGGCCUCAGAAAUUUCAAAAUAAGACAAAUGGAGUGACUCCAAGGAGGUGGAUCAGGUUUUGCAAUCCUGACCUAAGUAAAAUAAUAACCAAAUGGAUUGGUACAGAAGAUUGGGUUUUGAACACUGAUAAACUGGCAGAACUUAAAAAGUUCGCUGAUAACAAGGAUCUCCAAGAGGAGUGGAGAGCUGCUAAAACAAGGAACAAGAUGAAAGUUGUUUCAUUAAUCAAGGAGAAGACAGGAUACAUUGUCAGCCCAGAUGCCAUGUUUGAUGUUCAGAUAAAGCGGAUACAUGAAUAUAAGCGCCAACUGUUAAACAUUCUAGGAAUUGUCUACCGCUACAAAAAGAUGAAAGAAAUGACUGCAGAAGAAAGGGCCAUCAGCUAUGUUCCUAGGGUGUGCAUAUUUGGAGGUAAAGCCUUUGCCACAUAUGUGCAAGCUAAGAGGAUAGUAAAGUUCAUAACAGAUGUAGGAGCUACCAUAAAUCAUGAUCCUGAGAUCGGAGAUCUACUUAAGGUUGUUUUUGUUCCUGAUUAUAAUGUCAGCAUUGCAGAGAUGCUUAUCCCUGCUAGUGAACUAUCUCAGCAUAUCAGUACUGCUGGGAUGGAGGCCAGUGGAACCAGCAACAUGAAAUUUGCAAUGAAUGGUUGUGUUCUAAUUGGAACCUUAGAUGGAGCUAAUGUAGAAAUAAGGGAAGAGGUUGGAGAAGAAAACUUUUUCCUUUUUGGCGCCUGUGCUCAUGAAAUCACAGGAUUGAGGAAAGAAAGGGCGGAGGGAAAGUUUGUGCCAGACCGAAGAUUUGAAGAGAUCAAGCAAUAUGUUCGUAGUGGUGUCUUUGGGACUUACAACUAUGAUGAAUUAAUGGGGUCUCUGGAGGGAAAUGAAGGGUUUGGUCGUGCAGAUUAUUUUCUUGUGGGCAAGGAUUUCCCCAGUUACAUUGAAUGCCAAGAAGAGGUCGAUAAAGCAUACCGUAACCAAAAGUUAUGGACGAGAAUGUCAAUUUUGAAUACAGCUGGUUCCUCCAAAUUUAGCAGUGACAGGACAAUUCAUGAAUAUGCGAAGGAUAUCUGGAAUAUCGAGCCGCUUGUGUUGCCAUAAAGAAACAAGAUUGGCAACGUUCAUUUUUUAUAUACAGUAUGCGCAUAUUCCUCAAAGAGAGGGAAGGUAGAAAAAUAAGCCAAUAUCUACUGGUUGCAAAAGGUCAUCCUUCAAAGUCUGGUCCAAUAAUAAUUUCCUCGUGCCGUUGUCAUUGAAGGCUGUUUGCGAACAAGACAAGGUCAGUUUGUGAGAUUGUGUCCAGAAAUCAGAAAGAAUUUUAUCUGGCUCGAUGUGUCUGCACUAAAAUCCCAAGGAAUUAUGUUGCUGGGAGUAGUUUUGAACUCAUUUGAGGCUUUUUAAUUGUUAAUAUUUAUCCAUAGUUACUCUAUGCCCUUUUCGUCUAGUCUUGAAUACUCAUUUCCUCCCCUAAAUUCGACACUCAGUAAAAGUUUCUAAUGUCAGAUUCUCGAGGUUGUGAAUA